CGUGACGAUGGAGGAGGAGCGAAGCGGAUGACUCGCAGCCAAGACCGGAACGAGAGAGAGAGAGAGAGAGAGAGAGAUAAGCGCGAGAUCGAUCCCCGAACGGAGCUCUAAAUUUGGAGCAGCCUCCCCUACCCGAUCAUGCGCUCCAUCAGCUGUAUUCCUCUGCCGAUUUAAGGUGGCCUCCGUCCUCCAUUGGCCUUCGGUUCUUCCCUUUCUUGAAAGGGAUGUCAUCCGCCGGAGUCACUCUUCGGCCAAUCCGGGAAGAUGUUGAACUGUCAACAUGCCAUUCCGAUGGAGCCGGAGGUCCACUUUACUCUCCAGAGUUGAUAACGAUAUACCUGGCAGUUCUGGGUGCCCCUGUCAUCCCCAUGCGGGUGUUGGAGUCCGACUCCAUCGCCUCCGUAAAGCUCAAGGUCCAGAGCUGCAAGGGCUUUGCUGCCAAGAAGCAGAAGCUGGUAUUCGAUGGCCGGGAGAUGGCUCGGAAUGAUUGUCUAAUACGUGACUACGGUGUGGCCGAUGGCAACGUCCUCCAUCUUAUCAUCAAAACAUCAGAUCUCCGUGUCAUCACCGUGAAGACUGCAUCUGGAAAGAAACUCAAGUUCCGCGUCGACCGGGGGCGAACCGUUCGUCAUGUCAACAAGCAGGUUGCGGAUCUUGAAGAUGAACAGUGUGUCUUCCAAGGGCGGCCUCGGAAACAGCUUCAAGACCGGAAGGAGAUCCAUAACAUAUGCACAAACAACAAUGCAUUCAUCCACCUGCUGGUGCAUAGGUCGGCAGAAGCCGGCACCGGAGCUGUGGAGAAUGACUUGGAGCCAUUUUUCAGGGCACCGGUGGCGGACAGUAGGCCUCCGCGUAGGGAUGCGUUGAUCGAGCCAGUCAUCGUCAAUCCCAAGGUGGAAUUGCCUCGAUUGAUGAAGGAUCUGCUCGGCGCCACUCUUUCUGGACUGGACAAGGGAAACCCACCUAUAAUGUCUUCGGAAGGAACAGGGGGAACCUAUUUCAUGCAAGACAUCACGGGCAAUGAGUACGUUGCCGUCUUUAAGCCGAUCGACGAGGAACCACUGGCCGAGAACAACCCUCGAGGACUUCCACCGUCGACGAAUGGGGAAGGGUUGAAAAGGGGGACACGGGUAGGAGAAGGUGCCCUCAGGGAAGUGGCAGCGUACAUUCUUGAUCAUCCCGUCAGUGGCCGCCGCUCAUUCUCACAUGUGGACUUUGGAUUCGCCGGGGUUCCUCCGACCGUCAUGGCUCGAUGCUUGGACGGAGGCUUUAACCAUCCCACCGGAUGUGAACACGAAGCGAUAGACUUCAAGAUGGGAUCACUGCAAAUGUUUGUGAAGAACUAUGGAAGCUGCGAAGACAUGGGGACUCGGGAGUUUCCGGCGCAGGAGGUUCAUAAGAUCUGCGUGUUAGACAUUAGAUUGGCAAAUGCAGAUCGGCACGCCGGAAAUAUCCUAGUCUGCAAGGAGGGGGAAGGAGGACGGCUAGCGUUGGUCCCCAUCGACCAUGGAUACUGCCUGCCUGAGAAUUUCGAGGAUUGCACAUUCGAGUGGCUCUACUGGCCUCAGUCUCGCCAACCUUUCAAUUCCGAAACCACAGAGUACAUAAAGUCGCUGGACGCUGAGCAGGACAUCGCACUGCUAAAGUUCUAUGGGUGGGAGAUGUCGCCCGACUGCGCUCGCACUCUUCGCAUCUCCACCAUGCUUCUCAAGAAAGGCGUCGAAAGAGGUCUCACUCCGUAUCGUAUCGGAAGCAUAAUGUGUAGAGAAACCAUCAACAAAGAGUCCAAGAUCGAAGAGAUCAUAAGCCAAGCCAAGAAUGCUGUUCUUCCGGCCACCGACGAGGCCGCAUUCUUGGAGUCGAUUUCUGACAUCAUGGAUGCCUAUCUCGAUCGACUCAGCGUAUAGACCCACCCACCCAUCGGAGGCUUAUAUUUAUGCGCACGCAGCCACGGGCGUGUAUGUAUGUGUGGGAGAAGGAUAUCAUCAUCGUUGAUACUUGGAAAAAGGCGGAUGGGAGUUUGCGAGUAUGUAUGUGAGAGCAGUCAGUCAGUGUAUAGAUAGAUGUGAUGCCCCCCACCACCCAC